CCCCGACCCAGAGGUGGACUGUGGCACGCCCAUCUCACUGACGUCCAGAGCAAUCAGGCCCAUCAAAGAUUAGCCCAGCAGGUUCACUGCAGCCGAAUACUACAGAUGACAGAAAUUCCAGUAUCAACAGUCUGCACGGGGCUGGACCGGCUGGACAGGGCCCCCCACGCAAUCCCGUAAAAACCCAGGCGGAGGAGUUUUUUUGCGAUGGCCCAGCACAGCCUCUAUCUGCUGCGGCACGGGGAGGGGGCGUGGAACAAGGAGAACCGCUUCUGCAGCUGGGUGGACCAGAAGCUGAGCGAGGCGGGCGUGGCCGAGGCCCAGGAGUGCGGGCGGCUCCUGGCGGGCCGGGGCUGCCGGUUCGACCGGGUCUUCACCUCCCUGCUCAGCCGCUCGGUCCAGACGGCGUGGCUGGUGACGGAGGCCAUGGGCCAGGAGUGGGUGCCCGUGUCCAAGUCCUGGCGCCUGAACGAGCGCCACUACGGCUCGCUGAUCGGGCUCAACCGCGCCGAGAUGGCGCAGCUCCACGGCGAGGCCCAGGUGAAGGUGUGGAGGCGGAGCUACGACGUCUCGCCGCCGCCCAUCGAGCCGGCGCACCCCUACUACGCGGAGAUCUACGACGACCGGCGGUACCUGACGUGCGACGUGCCCCGGGGGGAGCUGCCGCGCGCCGAGAGCCUGAAGCAGGUGCUGGACCGGCUGCUGCCCUACUGGCACGACGUCAUCGCGCCCGAAAUCAGGGGCGGGAGCACCGUGCUCGUCGCGGCGCACGGCAACAGCUGUAGGGCCCUGCUGAAGCACCUGGAAGGGAUCUCGGACGCGGACAUCGCCGGGGUGACGCUGCCCACCGGCAUCCCGGUCCUGCUGGAGCUGGACGCGGACCUCCGGCCCGUGAAGAAGCACCAGCUCCUGGGAGACCCGGCCAAGAUCCAGGCCGCCAUCAAGAAGGUGGAGGACCAGGGGAAAGCCCUGCCCAACGGGAAAUAAGGGAGAAGGGAGCCGCCCAGCUAACGCACAGUGUUCUCGCAACGUUACU